GAAGAACAACUACACAUCUUCCUCCUUCACACCCGUACCUUGACUCUGAACAUUAUCACAAUCUGGGUGCAACCGGAGAGGUUUUACCUCUUCCUUCAAUCAACAAACCAGCAACGAGGAGAACAGCUACACAUCUUCCCCUUGACUCUUGUAGCUUGAUCUGAGCUACAUUACAAUCUCGGCACAACAGCAGAGACCACGUAUUUCCCAUUUGUUGAGAGCCAGCAGCACAAAGAUCAACUACACAUCUUCUUUUCACAUACUCACACCCUGAUCUCAACAGGGAUUCUCAGCACUGCACCAUUACAAACUCGCCAGAAGAGCGGAGACUACCUUUCUCCCAAAUCAAGAAGCCAGCAAUAGGAAGGACCAUCACAUAUCUUCCCUGACACUCAAACAUUGCCCUCAAGAGAACACUGAAACACCACAAGCUCGCAGAACAGGAGACUCUACCUGCUACCUACGAGGAACCAGACACAGGAAGAACGGCUACGCACCUUCUUCUACUCAUACACUUCCGCCUUGAUCUUGAUAGGUCAUUGCACUACAACACUACUACCGAACAGAAGAGGUUACUUUUGCCUCUCUACCAAAACAACCAAACUCAGUCACAAAUACCGCCUCUCUCAAAGUCAUCAACUUGGAAAUUCACCACACAGGCAGACACUGUAGACUGCCAGUACCAGAAUCUCCAUUGUCACCCAUCAGAGCUACCAAAGCUACCAGAGAGGCCGAAACCUGAGUUUCUUUGCCAUCACAUCAACUCCUCAGCUCAUCAACCACCAAGCUUUUGACACUUGAUCUGUAAACUCACCAUGGCUUCUACUACCACACCUGCUGCUGAGAACGGACAUUGGCUCCUUCGUGGUGUUCAAUCCGCAAUUUUCUACUAUGUUUCCUGCACACCUUGCCUGGAAUACAAGUACAAGCAAAAGCGGAGAAACGAAGCCAAAGCUCAACAGGCACGAGAACAAGAGUUGGCAUCGACUCAGCCAGGACUUGUCAGACCAAUGGCUUUCCAAACAAAUCCAGAAUGGGCAGAAGAUUUGCUGCUUGGUCCAGGCCCACCCAAAGGCUGGAAGAAAGACACUCUCCUCAAACGGAUGCAGAAGAAAGUGGCCGAAGGAAUAGAAAUCCUGAACACCGCUACCAACUUGCCAGGGCCAACAAAGGUCCCUGACGAAAAUGCAUCCGGCAACCGCCAGCCGGAUAUCGUGCCUCCGGGCGACCAAUCGGAGCAGAAAGGCUCCAACACCAUCGACAUUGUCAAGGAGGCCUGGCGAACAACAUUGCACCCUCCCAAGUGGAAUUUUCAACGCUACCACAGGGAGGACGAGGUCCUCUGGGGGUACACCCGGAGAAUGAAGCAGAUGUGGAACCGAGCCACAUCUGGCUCGCACGAAGAGGCCCCCGGGCAACAACCCAAGAGUGGCAACACUCCAACGGGGGGCCGACAAGACACCAAGGGCAGCCAGGACUACGCCAGACCACCACGGCCGCCAGCCAAUGACAUUUACGCCCCAAUAGUCACCGGUUUGCCCGCAACGAGGGCAGAGGCCGCCUGGAUGCUGCUGCCCCCUCCCAGCGCGGCGGUGAUGGCAGGGAAGAAGAGGCCUGCCGCCGAGACAGAACCCCGGUGGCCUCUGGCUGUUCUCGGAGGGCCAAAGUGCCAACCAAGGCCGGCACCGGUACUGGUGCCGGCCCACUCCUCCGAAACUGUGGUGCUCAGUGGCAGCACCAACGACAACACCGAAGGGGGCAGCAACCUCAGCGAGGUUGAGCCGGAGACCCCCCAGCAAAGCAAGGACAACGCGGAGCCUACCAAACCAGCUCCCACAUACCCACGAAGACCUCUGCGAGGAGAAAUGUUCGACACCAAGAGCAGUGAUUCGUGGCAGUUCCACUACAUCAUCCCCUCCACUUGAAGAUGAUGACUCCUCCUCCACCUAAGCACCUUUCCCGCUCUCCUAUGAACUCACCUACAACUUAUCUAUAUACACCUGAAGACGACACUGCCGGCGGCAAUACCUAAGAGCCCUUCCAGCACCUAUCUCAUCAUCGCCAGCAUGCCAGAAAUGCCUGAGCACGGCCUCCUAUUCAAUCCCUGAACACUUAACAUCACUUCAACCACGAGGCAUCUGGGCUGCUCUCAGUUGCAUACUAUCUUCUACCCACCUAAAGAGCACCAGCCCGAUCAUAUCAUUCCUCUGCCACAAGAAAUAUCAUUACACUCCUCUAUCUUUCCCCUUGUGAACACUCUAUAUUUACGAGACAACACCCCCGACAACACCUAAGAAUCCUCCUACCUCAAAUCCUCCAUUAUGCUUACCCUAUCAUUCGCACUUCACAAACCGAAUCCUUGUCCCAUACAAAUACAUAUACGCAUCCAUUGAUGCCGGGAAUGAAUGCAUAUCAUCACUUCACCAGCUCAUCAGUGUUGAGCAUGUUAAACUAUCGAAAAUCCAUGACGCCUGUCCUUUCAGGCUUGAGACAAUCAUGCUUGGCGUGCAACCUCCCGCUGGCGGGUGUCUACAUCAAUUUUACGAAUUCUGCUUUUGAUCAUGGAAAAGAUGCGAGACUUGAAAUCACAAGACCUUUCAGCAUGGAGUUUUGGGUCGCGCAUUGAAAAGCGUUUAUGGAUGGGUUUGGGGACACAAGUCACAACACCAUACAGCACGGAGUUAUGCUGGUUCGACUGCAAGGCGUUUCUGGCGGAAUCUGAUUUUUUGGUUGGAGUUUUGGAGUUUACUACAGAUCAUGGGAGACAUCAUGCCUACGGGCCUGAUGAAUAAUCUCUCCGAUGGAGGAAACGCACAAUGAAGACAUGAAAACCA